AUGGAGCUCACCUCAGCCCCUCUCCACAAAGGACAGGUAUCCUGGAGGGGACUUCUGCUCACAGUCUCUCUUUUAACCUCCUGGAACUCUCCCACCAAUGCCUAAUACAUCACUCUUGAAGCAGUUCCACCCAUUGUUGCUGUUGGGAAUGACGUUCUUCUAGUUGUCCACAGUCUGCCCUUGCAGUUCACUCGCUUUUACUGGUACGAGGAAAAUAACUCUGUGAAGCACGUGAUAGCCACAAUUACUCUUCAACCAACUUUAAUAGUACCUGAGCCUCAAUACCGUGAUAAAAUGACAAUGUACGAAAAUGGAUCCCUGCUCAUCAGGAAUGUCAGUAAGGAUGACACAAGAGGCUACAAAGCAACGAUGACAAAUCUAUACUCUGUUGAUACGAAUCUCUCCGUGGACUUUCAAGUAUACUGUGACACAGCACCACUAGCCAAGCCCAACAUCACAACCAACAAUUCCAAUCCCAUGGAGCGUGAGGACUCAGUAGCAUUAAUGUGUGAGCCUGAGACUCAGAAUACAGCCUACCUGUGGAGGAUAAAUGAUCAAAGCCUCUCAGAAGAGGACAGACUGAAGCUGUCUGAGGACAACAGGACUCUUACUUUACUCAGUGUUGUAAGGACUUAUGAUACAGUGACUAAACCCUCCAUCCAAGUCAACAAAACCAUAGAAAAAGACCUGGUCUCUGUGUUCCUGAAGUGCCCGUCAAUUGACAUUGAUAACUCCAUCAGUUGGUUCUUCAAAGGCCAGAGUCUGAGGAUCAUGAAUAGGAUGACACUGACCCAGAACAAAAGCAUCCUCCAAAUAUUUCCUGCCAGCAGGGAGGAUUCAGGGGACUAUCAGUGUGAGGUAUCCAAUCCACUCGAUUCCAAGAUGAGUGACCCAUUCCAGCUGGAUGUAAUAGUCUCUGCCAGGAUUGAGCAUUCUGGGAACUAUCAGUGUGAAGUAUCCAAUCAAGUCAGUUCCAAGAAGAGUGACCCCAUCCAGCUGGACAUAAUACAUGGCCCAGAUAUCCCCACAAUAUCUGCACACAAAUAUUUCUGCAAAGGGAAAUCCAUAAGGCUAUCCUGGGAUAUCAAUUGGCUGCGACCCUAUUUAAAAAUAACCAAGGGAGAAGUACGCCCCCUUGAGGAUAUCCUCAAAGGAGAUUCUGACCCUCAAUCUCCUAGAUACCUUACGGUGGAGGCAGAGAGGGCCUGCUCUGUCAAGAGCCCGUACCUUUACUGUGGGUACAUCUUCCUGUUACUAAAAGAAAAAUCCUUCCCACCUAUCCUUCCCUGGUUUGCCAAGAGAUAA